AUUUUUCCAACCCUGGCAUGAGCACAAAGCCCUGCAUUCAAAACGACGCCGUCGAACGCGUGCCCAUCACGUGUCUUCAAUUCUUUCUUUCUCUUCUCUCAUCGCAAUAAACCAGUUGCACUGCUAGGGAAGAGCAAAAGCAGUAGGAAGAAUCGAGCGAGUUGUGACUCAGCGAGUUUACGAAUGGCGAACGCAGCGUUUCGGAACGUGAAGGUGCCUCCGAACUCGGCGAGUCUGGAGGAAGCGCGUCAGCGAGUGUUCGAUUUCUUCCGCAAAGCUUGCAGAUCGCUUCCCUCCGUCAUGGAAAUCUACAACCUACACGACGUCGCUUCGAUCUCCCAGCUUCGCUCCACCGUCGCCUCCGAGAUCCGCAAGAACACUCACGUCACCAAUCCCAAAGUGAUUGAUAUGCUGCUUUUCAAGGGGAUGGAAGAGCUGAAGAACGUUGUGGACCAUUCAAAGCAGAGGCAUCAUAUCAUUGGUCAGUACGUAGUUAGACAGCAAGGGCAAGGGCAAGUGGAAGGCUCAAAAGACCAUGGCAUAUCUCCUUUUCUGAAGAAUUUCUACAACGGCAAUUACUUCUGAAGUUUGGUCAUGAGCUGUUCCUGUUUCCCCAAAUAAAGAAUAAUUUUAAAAUGUUUUGUAUGUCAAUACUGGAUGAGAUAAUACUUUUGGUUUCAGAUCAAACUGUUGCAUUCAUUCUUCCUGGCUUAAUUAAGAAAGUGAUGUUUUGCUGAUUGUUGUGUAAGUGGGCACACUGCUAAAAAUAUUGUGGCGUAUUAACUAUUUGACGUCAUUGCAGAUGAAUAUAUUGCCGUAGCAUGUCUGAGAAAUAAUAAUGUAUUUUGGUAAA